GUCUGUGACAUUAUGUGACAGUAGGCUAAAGUGACAAUUCUGUAAGUUACACUGUUUCCGAAUGUUAAGUGCAAGUCCCUCCUCUUCCAAAGUGGUAUCAUCACGUGGAUGGAUGUCAGACAAUCAAUGCGAGGCGACAGACGAGAGCAGUGUUUUUGUUUUGAUCUAUGUAGUUCUACUGUAACUUAGCAUUAGUGAUGCUAGUGAUAUAAGUGCUAAGCUGUGUAAUGUCAACUAAGCGAGUUGUUGAUAAUGUUUAGGUUGCCUCUAGAGCUCGCUGUGCCAAGCUAACUAAGAAAAGUAUCCUCAGUCUAGCUAGUCGCUACUGGAUUGUCGGAGAACUGUGGAAAGAUUCAAUUUCACACGAUAGGUCUACCUUAAUGGGUUAGUGUUUUUUUGUGCUAGCGAUGUGAAGAUUAACUAUGCAGAGUUGUCAGUAACUUGCAACUAACAUGUGAUUUUACAAGUUCACGUAGAUAUAGCAUUGCAGCGUUUUAGCUGUGUCGUCUGACUCAAAAACUAAAUGUAGCAUCUCAAAGGCUAACGUCAGUUAACUUUCCUUGAAACUGUGCUAACGUUGACAAACAUUAAUGUCGAACAGACUGGUAUUCAUUCUUGCUUGGGCAACAAUUAAGGAGUGGUGAGGUUGCUAAUCCAAUAACUGUUAUCUAUUUCAAUGUGCAUAUUGCCUUUAACGUUAAAUGCAAAGCAGAACGCUGUUGUUGGUUGUUCACCUAACUAUCAUAAUCAGCGUCGUUAAGCUAGCCAGUUAACUUCACCUUCCAUUUGAUAGUUGGAGCUAAGUUAGCUAACUAUGUCAUUAGCACGGACAUGAACUCAUGCGUCAGCUAGCAUUACACACGAGGGAAACCAAGUUAACAUACGUUAGAGAGGACCGCUCUGUUUAGCUAAGUUAUAGUUAGCCGCCUCCUACAUGAGUUAAACCUUCGUCAGGUUGUUAUCAUAGUAAGCUUGGCUAAUGUCGUCGGACCGUCAUCCAAAUGGGGCUCGUGGCCUCCUCCGUGGACACCGGACGAGAUCCUAUGGAAGUAUAGUGAAUUCUUCCUUGUCACCUGUACGUCAAAAGCGAAUUGAGCAUGAAGUUCAACCUGGAGAAACGCUUCAAGGAUUGGCUCUCAAGUAUGGCGUUUCUAUGGAAGACAUUAAAAGAGCUAACAGACUGUACACAAAUGAAUCUAUAUUCCUCAAGAAGUCUCUCUCCAUCCCUGUGCUGUCGGAGCUGGAUGUGGGCCUGUUCAGCAAUGGAGACGAGGCUUCUAAUGAGGAGAUGUGUCAAGGAGACAGUGCGCCUAAAGAUGACCCCGUUGAGAAUGGAACAGCACAGAAAGAUUCAGAGAAAGACUCAAGUGGUGCAGACCUUUCACCAAUGGAUUAUCUGAAACGGAUGGACAGUUUGAUCACCCAGUCAAAACAGGCGGCUGCAAAGACAUGCAGAGAAGAGAAAGCGUUUGUUUCGGAUGACCCACUUCAGUCGAGCAGAGUGCUGCGGAGCCACAUCUCACCGUGUCGUGGCAGGGCAGCGUCCGCACGCGAGCGGCAGCCUCAGACCUCCAUUGGGGCUGUUCCACUCACCAUCACCAGACGCACCAAGAAACUUCGGGAGACGGAAGAUGAGAUCUUUCAACUUUGAUUUUUCUUGUGUGUCUUUGUGUUUGUCAUCAGGCAUUAAGGGCUUUUUUUUAUCACAGUGAAAUCAUGUUGACCACAAGCAGGAAAGGGGAAGGGGAGUUAAUUUAGGCUCUGUCUUUCACUUAGUUUGUAGAGUUUGAGGGCCUCAAAAUGGCAGAAAACACAUGAAUGGUGUAUGUAUGGUUUUUGUAGUUAUCAGUCUUUUAAGCUUCUAUUAUAUGCGCAGAUAAACACAAUAAUAUAAGAAUGUGAAUUAGUAGCGUCACUACCUCUUUGUUAUUAAGGUACUGUUAAAGAAAGAGUUAAUAUGAUCUAUUUAUCCUGGUAACAGCACAAGACAAGUAGCUUUUUUUGUGUAGUUUACAAACAUUUUGUUGUUGUGGCAACAGAUAUUGGGUUAUCUUUUUUUGGAGUAAAGGAUAUUAAGUACAAGAUUGUGUGAAAACACAUGCAGCUAUUGUGCUAUGUGAUGUAAGAUUAGCCCAGCAAUUUCUCUGCAACGAUCAUUGUUAGUUGGAGUAGAUUACCUUGUGUUUACUUGCUGGCAGAGUGAAAGUCUGGUAAAACUGCUGACAUUAAGAAGUUCCCACAAUUUUACUCUAUGUAUGGCAUGUAAAAGGACAAAUUACUUUUUGGCAAGGAACCACUAUUGCUGAGUAUAACGAGCUGGUCACUUAACAUGUAUUUGUUAGAACAUUGUAAUGCAUUCAGUUACCCGGUUCUGUUUUUAGCUGUACGUGUCUUUAUCUGGACCUUUAUGGAAUUGAUGUAGACAGACCAGUAGCCAAACACACCACCUCAUUCUGUGUGUUGCUUCUACACUGGAAAGGUUUUGUUGAGUUGAACACAAUUUUCCUCACUAUAUUUCCCUCCUCUGUCAACACAAGCUCUAAAAGGGAUUGCACAGUUUAGAGAGGAGAUUGUUUCUGCCCGUCAUACAAUAAUGAAUGAUUUUCAAAAGUACUUGUGGAUUCACAUUUGAUGUCCCUCUACUGGCACUUUACUGUGUAAAGUCAGAGCCAAAUAUUUUGUAUUUGGGAAAAAGCAAAACUGUUGCAAAAUACACUGAAUAAACACAGUUGUUUACUUGAA